UCCCGAGGCAUGCUGGGAGCUGUAGUUCUGUGGUGCCGGGCGGCCACGUGGGCUCCGCGGCGCGCGGCCGGUCUUUCCCCGAGCCGGGGCCGGGCUGUGCGCGCCGGGAGGCGCAGGUUGCCGCUGGCUGCGAGCGCGGUUGCCGGCGGUGAGGGCAGAAGCAGCUCCCCGCCGCUAGGACCCCUGUGGGUUUUGUUGCCGAGCGAAGGUGGCGCACCGGGUAAACCGAGGAAAGCUGCAGCUGGCGUGCUGCAGUCGCCUGCAGGUUUCCCAGGAGAAAGAGCAACCCGACUGUCCAGCUCGUGCAGAAGGCUGACAGCCUGUCUCACUCUCAUCAGUGCUAUCCCACCAGCUCCUUUAGGAGCUCAGCACCACGUUUGGCCUGUUCUGAUCUUCCUGAUCUCCUCAUUUCUGUGCUGCAACACCACCAUCCAUAAGAAGUCAGAGAGGAGAAAAGCUCUUUCCAGCGAGAUGGAGAAGGAAUUAAUUAUACCUCUGCCUCAUCCUGUGAGACCAGAAGACAUGGAGUAACUGUAAGCUGCGAUUCUCAGGAGACACUAAGAGUCUGGGUUCCUUCUCUGCCUGCCUCCCAAGGCCUCAGGGAUGAGAAAUCUUAGGCUUUGUUUUUCCCUAUGAAAUACUGUCGUGUUAAGGGGCAUAGCUGACUAACUGUUACGGGUCUGGUCGGAUUCAGGUUACUGAACUAUCACGGUCACGGAUUCACCAAUAACGUAGCACAUCCUUGAUCUAGUCGCAUUCAAUGAGAACUAUCACGGCUAGGAACAAUGCAAUGAAGGGCAGUUUAUUACAGCAACCAGGGACACAGGUUCUUUGGAUUGCCGGAGAUAAAUUCACUGUCUGCAAAAGCAAGCGAGCACGCAUGAAAUACACAGGUACUCGUCCUGGCUAUUAAUGCGUUAAAAGGCACAAAGGCUCUAGAGAUUUCUAAGUUUCCAUGGAGACACCUGCUACAGCCAAGUGUUCAAAUCUUACCCCACG